AUGGGAGUUACAACCACGGUCUACGUAGCGACCGCCCUCAUCGCAUCGCUCGCGAUCGGGUGCGCUCUCUUGCUCGCCGGGGUCGUCUUUCUCUUGCUCAAGCGCCGAAACGACAAGCCCGACGACGGUCCCACGACACAGCUUGCGUCGCACGAUAGCGUAGCGUACCAUGAUAUUUUGGAGAGCCAUUAUGGCAGCUUGAACCUCGCUGAGAUUGCACUUUACCGGCUACCGUCGGCCGACAUCACGCCACUCGGGCUCCUCGCAUCUGGGGCGAUGGCCGACGUCUUCCUCGGCGACUACAACGGCGCCCCCGUGGCCAUCAAGCAGCUUCUGAGCGGCCAAGCAACGACCCGCCACGUGAGCCGGCUCGUCGACGAGAUCCAACUGCUCGCGUUGUUCGACUCGUCUUAUAUUGUGGCCCUUGUGGGCGUCACGUGGGACCGCCCCCUUGACCUCAAGUGCGUGCUCGAGUACAUGGACGGCGGCGACCUCCGCGACAAGCUUGCGCGCACCAACCAUACGUCGUAUCCGUGGUAUGAGAAGUUGCACUGUGUCCUCUCGGUCGUCGAAGGGCUUGUCUACUUGCACUUGCUCGACAUUAUCCACCGCGACCUCAAGUCCCGCAAUGUGCUCUUGGACGACGUAAAAGGCGCCAAGCUCACCGACUUCGACGUCUCGCGCCACGACACGCAGGCGACGAUGACGGUCGGUGUUGGCACGUACCGCUGGAUGGCGCCCGAGAUCCUCCAGUUCGACCACUACUCGGUGGCCGCCGACAUUUACUCGUUCGGGAUGCUUCUCUCCGAAUUGGACUCGCAUGCGAUUCCGUACGCCGGCGUCAUCAGCGAGACGAGCGGCAAGCCCCUUGUCGAGACGGCUAUCAUGGGCAUGGUCAUGACAGGCUCGCUGCGACCGACGUUUACGUAUACAACGCCGCUGUGGAUCCAAAACUUGGCGUCGCAGUGCCUCGCGGCGUCGCCAGAGGACCGGCCGAGUGCGAUGAAGGUCUCGUCCGUCGUACGGCAACACCUUAAGGAGGACCGUAUCCAGACACCUGUCCAACGUCGCUUUGAAGGCAAUACCAAGCAAAUUAGAACACUAUUUAGUUGA